AUGUCCUCGCCUCCCAACCGCUCCAUGAACCCAACACCGGCCAGCUACGGCGAAUGGAAGGGGGAUAACUACUGUUGCGAAGGGCAGAGGAUGAACUGCGUGAAGAGGUCGUCUCGAUCCCUCUUUGUCUCAGCGUCCGCUUUCGAGUGUUUCGUCUACUGCGCGUCGAAACACCGUCGUUCAACUUUAGACCUUUCCAAUGCCAGCUAUCAUUGUUGUGCCGCUUUCCCCAUGCAAGCGAUGGAGUCACUGCAGUGGGGAAAAAACGGAACCGUCUAUUUGCAAAUCGAAGAAGCACGGACUUCGCGGAAAAUCACACAGCAUAUAUAA